AUGUCUAAUAUAAAAAAAAGUAUUUAUUUUUAUAAGGAUUGGAAUGAUGAAAUUGAAUCCGAAUUUUACAGUGAAGAAAAUAAUGUUAGUGUAAAUGAAAAUAGUAAAAAAAGUUCAGCUAAUUUAAUCAAUGAAGAAAUUAUAGAGAAAGAAAAAAGUAUAGAAAAUUCGGUACAUCUAGAACAUAAUAAUACGUAUAAAAAUUCUGGGGAUUCUAUUUUUUAUGAUGUAGAAAAUUCACAAGAAAAUAAACAUUCCUCAUUUGAACAUGAAAAGACAAAGUCAUCAAAGAAAUCGUUCUAUUCUAUAUAUGAUGAUACCGACGAAGAUGAAGAUAGUGAUUAUCACAUUUUAAAGGAUAAUCGGAAAGAAAAGAUGUUAUCCUUAUGUAAUAAAAAAACGAUGGAUAUAUACGAGAAAGAAGGAUUCUUUAAUGAGACCCCUUUGAAUAAUAAUGACAAUAUGUUAAAUGAAAAUAAUAAUUUUAACAAUGUAGAUAACCAAAUUAAUAAUAAUAAUAAUAAUAAUGAUAAUAAUAAUAAUGAUAUUUAUAGUAAUAAUUUUAUGCAUAUUUAUGACACAGAAGCAUUAUUCAGUAACAACACGGAGAAAGAAAAAUACGAUUCAGAUGAUUCUCAUAAAUAUACCAGUUCAAAUAAUUUAAGUGAAAAAAUAAAAAGGGAUAUAAUUAUUAAAAAUGUUUUAAGAAAAAUUAACACACUAAUCACCAAUUUUAAAAUGAAUAAAUCAGAAAUUAAUGUUUCAUAUAUUGGUAUAUUUACAAUUUUGAAGAAAUAUUUAUAUAUUAUAAAAAAUAAAAAAAUGAUUUUCAUAAAAAAAAAAAGAUACACAAAGAAAAUGCAUUCAUGCAACAAUAAAGAUAUGAAAAAAAAGUUCUGUAGAAUUAAAACAUUUUAUUGCUUGAAAAGGAAAUUUUUAUAUAAUGUGGAUAUUAAGUUUUUGAUAAAAGAAAAGCAUUUUCUUAAAUAUUUAUAUCUAUGUACCUUAAAAAAAAAAAUACAAGCUCAUUACAACAAGCAGAAAAGAAAAUCUGAAAAAGUAUUAAACAAAUUGAUAAAGUAUAUAAUAAAUAAUGAAAUAAAGAAAAAAAGUAAAAACAAAAUAAAUAAAACUACAUCAAAUGAUGAUAUCAACGAUAUCAAAAAUGAUAAAUAUGAUAUGGACAGAAAAAUAAAAAAUUACAUUUUUAAAAAUAAAAGAAGUUUACUCAAUUAUAAAUAUUAUAAUUCAAAAGAUUAUUCUGUAAAAAAAUAUCUGACUGAAUUUUUUGUCAACAUGAAUAAGUCUGAUGAUCAUAAAAUGUCGGAUCAAAGUUAUGUUGAACAUCCAAAUAUUGAUAACAACUCUUUUGAUAAGGAUAUUACAAAUAUGUGUACAAUUUAUGAGGAUAAAAAUGAUCAAAAUGGUGAAAAUGAUGAUAUUCGUAAAAAUGAUGAAAAUGAUGAAAUUCGUAAAAAUGAUGAAAAUGGUGAUAAUGAUGAAAUUCGUAAAAAUGACGAAAUUCGUAAAAAUGAUGAAAUUCGUAAAAAUGACGAAGAUUGUAAAAAUAGUAAAAAUAAUAACUAUGAAGAAAUAAAUAAUAUAGAAAAAGAAAAAACAAAUGAAGAUGUUCAUAAUGAUGAAAUCUAUAUGACUUAUAUAAAAGAUGAAACAAAAUUAAUGAAUUCUGAAAGUUUCGCAACAUCACAAGAUAUGAAUAAUUCUAUUAAAGAAAAUAAUAAUAACAAAAAUUGUCAUAAUAUGGAUAAUGGUACCGAUUCGGUAGAUAAUUUAAGUGUAUGUAAAGAAUAUGUUAACGAUAUGAAAAGAGAACAUGAUAUACAUAAUGAUAUUAAUUAUAAGGACAAAAAUAAUGAUACAUAUGAGGAGAAAUAUUAUAAUAGCAUAAGUUAUAUAGAUGAGAGUGUACAAAAUGUUUCUUACGAUAAUGAAAUUCAAAAAAGUUAUAGUGAUGAAAUCAUACAAAAUGGUAGUGAUGAAAUUGUACAAAAUGGUAGUGAUGAAAUCAUACAAAAUGGUAGUGAUGAAAUCAUACAAAAUGGUAGUGAUGAAAUUGUACAAAAUGGUAGUGAUGAAAUCAUACAAAAUGGUAGUGAUGAAAUCAUACAAAAUGAUGACGAUAUAGUUAUACCAAAUGAUGGCGAUAAAAUUAUACAAAAUGAUGGGGAUAAAAUUAUACAAAAUGAUGACGAUAUAAUUAUACCAAAUGAUGGCGAUAUAGUUAUACCAAAUGAUGGCGAUAUAAUUAUACCAAAUGAUGGCGAUAAAAUUAUACAAAAUGAUGGGGAUAAAAUUAUACAAAAUGAUGACGAUAUAAUUAUACCAAAUGAUGGCGAUAAAAUUAUACCAAAUAAUAGUGAUGAACAUUUAAGUAGCGAUUAUGAUCAAAAAAGCCUUAACUAUCAUAGUAGUAAAAGUUAUAUUAGUGAUAGUGAAGAAAAUAUACAUUAUGAAUCAAACAUAAAGGAUGUUAAUAAUUAUAGCAGUGAACAUUAUCUUAGUGAUUACUGUUAUGAUAAAAAUAGUAGUAAUUAUAACAAUAGUGAAGGUUAUAUUAAUAAUAAUGUUGAAAAAGAGAAUGAUCAAUAUGAUGAAAAAAGAAGUAUCCAAUAUAAUGGAAAUUCAUAUGAUAAAAGUUAUAGUUAUUAUAGUGAUAGGGCACAAAAAGAUAUUUAUGGUUACAAAAGUAUAUGUAGUGAAGAUAAUAGUAAAAAUAUGAAUUAUAGUAAAGAUAGCAUAGCAAUUAUUAAAAGCAUUACAAGUGCUAACUCUGAAGAAAAAAAAGAAAUGAAAUACAAUAAAAAUAUUAUAUAUAAUAAUGACUGUAAUGAUUGUAAUGAUUAUAAUGUUAAUUCUUUUUAUGAUCUCUAUGAUCAAGAACAAUUUGAUGAAAUAUCACAAAAAAAUAAAAUCAUUACAAGAAUUGGAAGCUUCGUAACAAAUAAAAGUGUUUAUCAAUACGAAAAAUAUAAAAAGGACCAAUCAAGUACAAGUGUAGUAAUUCCCUCAAAAUAUGAUACACAUUUUAAUGAUAUAGAAAACAAAAUGGAAAAAGAAAUAAGAAGAAGCUUUGAACAAUUUUUUAAUAUUCCUAUACAAUAUAAUGAUUUAAAAAAUACUGAAGAAAUGAAACAUACUAAUGAAUAUAUAAAGCAAUCAAAAGAAGAAAUAAAAAAUAUGGAGAAUCAACAAGGAAUUAAUAUAAUAAAACAAUCAAAUUAUUCUUCAUCAAUGCAAAAUAUAAUGAAUAUAAAUGAAGAAGAAUAUAUUCCCUUAAAUCAAAACAUGAGAGUAGAAUCUAUUCCAAACCUUUACCAAUCUUUUGAAAAUAUUAAUAGUAAUUAUAAUAUUAAUACAAACAAAGAAGAAAUAGAAGACGAAAAAGAUAAAAAUAAUAAAAAUAUAAAUAAAAAUAUAAAAAAUUAUCCUUAUAAUGAUGAUAGUGAUGUACAACUUAACGAAGAGGACAUAAUUACAGAAAAACAUGAUGAUACAACUAAGAUGAUAAGAAAACAAGAACAAAUAUAUAAAAUAUAUUCACGUUUGCAAAAUAGAAUUUUAAAUGAUUUUAAAAAAGGUUGCUUAAAAAAAAUGAAAAAAAUAUUUAAUAAAAAAUGUAAAAAAAUUGAAAAAGAUAUUUCUCAAAAUUUACAAAGUGUGGUCCAAAAUUAUAACUUAAGUGACAUUAAUUGUUCAGAAUUUGUAAAUAUAUAUAAAAAGAAAUCAAAAAAAAAGAAAAAGACAAAAAAUGUAAAGAGCAAAAAAUGGGGAAACAAUAUGCACUUAUUCAAAAAUGAACAUAAUGAUAUGAAAGAUGAGCAAUGUGUAAAAAGCAUUCAUAAUGAUGAAAAAAAAAUGACUGAUCGAUUUUAUGAGAUAGAUAAUAUAAAGAACAGUGAUCAAAACAUUAUGAAUAACAACACUUGUUAUGAUAAAAAAUGCGAUAUUAUUAAUAAUUACACUUAUAAUAUUAUUCAAUACGAUGAUGAGAAAUACAAAAUAUGUGACCCAUCAAAGGUGUACCCUUACUACUAUGUUACUAAAAAUGAAGAAGCUACAUAUAAUAAUCCGUAUUAUUACAAUGAAUAUAAUUAUGAAGAUUUUAACAAACUUGAUAAUGAACAUUCAAAAGAUAAAUAUGGAGAAAACGCUUUAAUAAAUUACGUUUACUUAAACAAGGGAAAUGUUUACAAGAAUGUAGAAAAGAAUGAGAAAAAUAAAAAAAAUAAGGAACGUACUCAUGUAAAUACAGAAAUCAAAUUAAAUAUCUACCAACGAAAAGAAAGUUCUGAUUCAAAUUCAAAAGAAAAUAUAGAUAUGAAUAAUUUGGAAUGUACAAGUUUGUAUUUUACUAAAAAUGAUCUCCAGAAUAAAAAUAAAUUAUUUGAUCUUUUAAGAAAUAUUGAUAAAAAAAAUUUACGUGAUGUUAUCUUUAAAAUAUUCGCUGUUAUAAAUUCAAAAAGGUUCAAUGGAGAUAUGAUUGGUGAAAAAGGAAAAUUCAAAAAUAACGAAAUUACGAAAUAUAUAAAAAAUAAAAAUGUAUUUAAUAAAAUUAAACCAUAUAAAAAAAAUACAAACUAUAAGAAUAGGAAGGAGAAUAAGAAGGAGAAUAAGAAGGAGAAUAAGAAAGAGAAUAAGAAUAAUAAGAAGAAGUUACAUAGUUUUUUUAUAAGAAAUAAAUUAAUUUAUAACAAUAAUAAUAAUAGUAAUAAUAAUAAUAUUUGUAAGAAUAAGAACAAUAUACAAAAAAUAAGCAAACAAAAGAAAAUUAAUAAAAUUUUCUAUCCUACAAAUAUAUAUAAAAGAAUGUACCAGAAAAUUAAAGAAAAUAACAAAAAUAUGGAAGGAAACCAAAAAAUUAUAGAGACAUAUAAUACGAAAUAUAAAUUAAUAAAUGUACCAAAUAAGGAGAUAUAUUUCCAUAAAAAUGAAAAUAAUAAUAUUGGGGUAAAGAAAACAUUACCUGUUUAUAUUUAUCGAAUGACGAUGAAACAAAAAAAUAAAUAUAUACCUAUUAAAAAAUUUAAUUAUUCCUAUUUAUUUAUAGAAAAAAAAAAGAAAAAUUAUAAUUCUUCCACAAGAAAUAAUAAAAUUCUACCAUAUUAUUAUUUUUUUGAUUUAAAUAAUUUUACUCAAAAUAUGAAACAAAAUUUAUAUUUUAAGCCUAUGGUUACUAACAAGAAAAGUGUCUACAAUGAGUAUAUACCAACUUUGGAAAAUAAUAAAAAUAUAUAUGUAACAAAUAAUAUGAUAAAUCUAUAUAAUAAUAAUAAUGAUAAUAAUAAUAAUAAUAGUAACAAUAAUAAUAAGUAUUAUAAUAUGAGCACAAAUGUCGAUGGGAAGAACAUUUUUUUUGAUGGUAAUAAGACAUGUAUGUAUUAUUAUUCCAAAGAUUAUAUAAGUAAUGAAGAUAUUCAUACAAAAUAUAUUAUGGAUAAAUGUAGUGAAUAUAAAUGUUCAUUAAGCAUGGAAAAAAAAACAAAUGACAAUUUUGAUAAUCAUAAGCCUAUAUUAAAUGAUAUCCAGCAAAAAAAUAUAACUGAAAAGGAAGAUGACCAUAAAGUAUCUUUAAAUAAGGAAAUUCAUAUAGAUGUUGACCUUAAAGAAAAAAUAAAUGAUAAUAAAGUAGUAAGUAAUAUUGUAUAUGUAGAUCAUAAGAAUGAAAUUAUGAAUGAAAAAAUGGUAUGUGUAGAUGAUAAUAUAAAAGAUACCUAUAUAGUUAAUGAAAAUAAUGAAUUAGUAAAAAUGGAUAACUACGAUAGUAACCUUCAAACAAUACUAUCUACAGAUAAAAAAUUAAAUGAUGAUAAGAUAUUUAGUUAUGCCAUAAGACAAUAUUAUUACAAUCUGAAUAAGUGUACUCUUUGUGAUAAAGAAAAUGGGAAAAAAUGUCACCCUUUAAUAUAUAAUAAUAAUAAUAAUAAUAUGAUUUCCGAAAAUGCACAUCAGAAUAAAGGGGAGAAAAGUCAAAAUUAUAAUAUACAAAAUAAUAAGGUCGUAAAAAGUGAUGAUCAUUAUAUAAAUGAUGACUCCUUAUCAAAAGGAACAAAAAAAACAACCUUAAAAAAAAGUAACAACAUUAAAAAAGAUAUAAUAAAUAAUAUUAACAAAACGAAUAAUAGUAGUAAUAGAAAUAUUAAUUAUGCAUGUAAUAGUGUGGUACAAGUUAAAAAUAAUGUAAUAAAUGUUGAAACUCAGAAAAAACAAAAACAAAAUGAUAACAAAGAAAUAUAUAAUUUAUCAUUUACUAAUGAAAAGGUUAUACCAUCUUACUACACAAAUUUAGUAAAAAAAUAUAAAAAUGAUGUUGGAAAAUGUAUACUGAAAAAUAUAUACAACGGUAGUGAAUAUUUUAAAAAUAGUAAUAUAAAAUAUACGUGUAUGAAUAAUAUAUAUAUGAAUAAAAUAUACCAAAAAAAAAAAAACAUAUAUACAAAUAAAACACAUAUGAUGCAUAAUAAAUAUGUCAAUCAAGUAUAUCAAAAAGAAUAUGAUAAACCAAAUGUAACUAAAUAUCAACUAAAAGUAAAAAAAAUUACUUUUAAUAGUAAAAAUCAAAGUAAACAAAUAAAUAAUACAAUUUUUAAUAAUUUGGAUUUAUAUAAUAAUAAAAAUUAUGAUUAUUUUUAUUAUAAUAAAAAUUGCAAUUUAGAAAGCUCAAUUAAAUUAAAAAAUAAUAAUAUUGAAAGCUUUCAAAUAUGUUCUAUUAAUUCUCCAAUAAAUCACAAAGCCACAAAUACAAACUACAAGCACAAUGUUGAAAAUAUUUGUAUUUUUAAAGACUUUUAA